AUGUCGUACCGCGCAGGUCCGCUUGGGUGGCCUUUCGUGGGUAAUCUGCCGCAAAUCGUUGCCAUGGACGUAACCAAGUACCUAUCGUACACGGCCAAAAAGUACGGACCCAUCUGCAAGAUCUGGUUCGGCACCAGGCCCUGGCUCCUCAUCAGCGAUCCGGUGCUCGCACGUGGGGAGACUUGGCGACGGGGACGCCGCGCCUUCGAGGCGUCCAUCAUCCACCCGGCCCGCCUGAACGCCCACCUGCCUGCCGUACGUCGCUGCCUGGCCCGGUUUAUCCCCUCCCUGGAGCGAUACGCUUCCUCGGGUCAGCCCCUCAACGCGCUCAGUGCCCUGGGUGACCUCAUGCUCGCCAUCACGGGGGAGCUGGCGUACGGAGUCGACUUUGAGGUGGACUUCAACUUGCUGGAGACAAAGGCGGCCUUCCAACCCGACAAGGAGCAGGGCCGGCCGCAGCAGAGUCAGCACCAGGCCGCCUACUACCGCAAGCAAGGCCCGCCGAGUGGGGGCGCGGGUGCGGGUGCGGGUGCGGGUGCGCGCAUGGCGUACUUCUGCCGGGACGUGUUUCGGACCUUUCGGCUUCAGGACGCCUCCAUCUACCUACCACUGCAGGGUUCGACACCCCGUACGGGGCCCCUCGUCUUCCCUUCUAUGGCCCCCGCCAUCCGCCUCCUAGCGGACGCCCUCCCUGACGCCAACCAGCGCCGCUCCAUGGGGGCCAGAUCCGCCAUGGCCGUCGUCAGCCGACAGCUCAUUGCUCAGUGGGCGAGGGCCAGAGCCGACGGCGGCGGCAGCGGAGGUGCAGGCAGCGGCGGCGGCGGGGAGGAUGACUCCGCCAGGGCGGUGGCGGUGGCGCCAGAUUGCGGCCGCGGCGGCGAUUUUCGAGAGGUUGACGGUGGCAUCAGCGGCUCGAGCUUCCUGGCAGCGAUGCUUGAGGGCCGGCGGCGGCGCGGAGGCGGUGUGGGGGUGGCUGAGCAGGGGCAGGGGCAGGGGCAACAGCAGCAACAGCAACAGCAGCAGCAGCAGCCGAACUAUGUGGAGCUCACGGACGAUGAGGUGAUCGCGCAGAGCCUGACCUUCAUUCUGGCGUCCUACGAAACCAGCAGUACAACCACCGCCCUGGCGCUCCUGCUGUUGGCCGCCCACCCAGGAGCUCAGAGGCGACUCGCGGAAGAGGUGGACGCCGUACAGGGCGGGGAGCUGACGGCGGCGGUGCUGGCCGAGUUGCCGUACACGGAGGCCGUACUGAAGGAGACCAUGCGGCUGUACCCUGCUCUCCCGAUGAUGCACCGACAUGCACGCAACGACAUCAGGCUGGAAGACGGCAGAGUGGCACCCAAAGGCACCUUCCUCGCACUCUGCUCGUACAACAUGCACCAUGAUGCCGACCUUUGGCCGCAACCGGAGCUCUUUCUUCCGGAGAGGUUUCUAAGGCCGGAGGUCGAGCCCGGGGGCGGCGGCGGGGGCGGUAAUGGAGGCGGGGGCGGUGAUGGAGGCGGUGGCGGCGGCGGCGAUGGCGGUAACCCGCUGGGCCGUGCACACCCCUCGCCGCCGUGGUUCGGAUUCGGAUUGGGUCCCCGCAUGUGCGUGGGACACAAGCUAGCGACGAUGGUUGCCAAGGCCACGUUGGUGUCGCUGCUGCGGCGCUUCAGCUUCAGCCUGGCUCCCCAUCAGCACCUGCCCCCGGCUAUGGCCACGGGCCUCACCUACGGGCCGCGAGACGGGGCCGUCUGGCUGCAGCUGCACAGCCGCAACACAGCGCCCAUAGUCGCCGUCUGA